GAGCUCGACGCAGCCGCCAGCUUCAAAUUUUCAACUGUGAAAAGAAUCGAUCAAAUCUCCUUCAAAAUCCAAUCUCUUUCUUCAUCUUCGUCUUCGUCUGUGUUUUAAUUCCAGUUUUAUCUGCAAUUUCCAAAUUUAUGGAUCUAACGAGCGAGGUGGGAUUAAGGUUGGUUUUUUCUAUAAUUAGUUCCCACAUCGUUGUUCGGUCGACAUGUUGUACGGCGGGGACUGUCUUACCAGUUUACUCUACGUUUAAAGCAAUCGAAAGCAAUGAUCAAAAUAAGCAGCGAAAAUGGCUGCUUUAUUGGACAGUUUAUGGAUCAUUCAGUGUCGCUGAAGUGUUUACAGAUAAAAUCUUGUCAUGGUUUCCUUUCUACUACUACGUAAAGUUUGCUUUUCUAGUUUGGCUUCAACUUCCAUCUACCAAUGGAGCUGGGCAGUUGUAUACGAGCCAUCUCCGUCCAUUUUUACUGAGGCACCAAUAUAGGCUUGAUCAAAUAUGGGAGCAUAUUUACAAUGAAAUGGUCAAAAUCAUCAGUGCACGCCAAGCAGAAAUCAAGUUUGCAAGGGUACUUUUUAUGAAGCUCAUGUCUUCAGGUACAGAUUGGUUGUGAUCAUAUUCAGCCUGACCAAAGAAAACCAUAUUGUUCCAUUGAAGGCCCAAGACAAGAGGAUUCUGAUAGGCAAUAUGAAAGUGAAGAUUGAUACUAUUACAUGAUAAGGUUAAGACUUGUUUGAAUCAAUAUUUCUCUUGUUUCUUAUAGGGUUCAAGCUAUAUAGGAUAGGAGUUUGUUUUGAGAAUAUAAAUGGCUGUAUUUAUUACUCCAAUGCAUUAUACAUCUUGUUUCCUUUCUCCAUCAAAUAUACUUUCUCUUCUUCAGGAAUUGCCAGCAUGAUAGUUCAGCUUGAAAUUCAUCUUCUCAAACUUUCCA